CUCGUUUAAACGUUCGCCGACCGACGUAGACGUAUCAAAAGGGGAUAAAGGAGUUCAACCACGAGACGUGUUUCCACUUGGUGUUUCAAAUUUCUUGCUUCAAAGGAACGAUUUAAUGGUAGCGCGAUCCACGUGGUGUUUCAAGGCUGCGGCCUUCAGGGCCGUGAUACUGGGUGCCCCUGCGUCUGGCAAAGGGACCAUGUCCUCCAGAAUUGUCAAACAUUUUAAAGUGGCGCACAUUUCUAGUGGUGACAAGUUGCGUCAUCACAUGAACAGUGGCACCGAACUUGGUAAAACGGUGGCAAGCUACGUGCUGACCGGUAAAUACGUUCCCGACGAUGUGAUUAUCUCGAUGAUAAACAUAGAAAUCGAACGAGUAGGAGACAAAAAUUGGCUGUUGGACGUUGGCAUUGGUACAGGAUUCCCGAGAACGUUGCUGCAAACUGAAGAACUGCAGAAAGCUCAUCCCGUGAACCUUGUCCUUUACCUUGAUGUGCCGAUCCCGACAAUCCUGGAACGCGUGAAGAACAGGUGGGUUCAUUUGCCCAGUGGCAGAGUCUACAACGUCGGCUUCAAUAGUCCGAAAGUACCGGGUAAGGAUGACGUAACUGGUGAACCGUUGAGCAAAAGAGACGACGACAAGGUAGAGAUUGUACAAAAAAGACUGGAACAGUAUGCAAAGGCAAACGAACCGAUUUUAACCUUCUACGAAGGUUUAGGGAUACUGAACACUUUUCGCGGUAAUACUACCGACGAAUUAUGGCCACACGUUAAGGAUACCAUCACGAAAUUUUUAUCAUAGCUAGUCAAUUGCUAGAACAUAUCACUUUGUAAAACAACGA